CAAAAUCAACUAAAUUGUCAGCCUAUGGUAGCCAUAUUUAUACGGCCAAUUAGAAUUAAGUUAAAACUGUUACUAAUUUACUUGUGCCUAGUCAUUUUAGCCAACUUAUCAACUUUCUUUUUUUAAUAUUUUAAUAAUUUCAUAAAAAUUUCAAGUUGUCAAACAUAAAUUAGAAAUAUAAUGUAAAAAGAAAUGACAGUUUUUUGUAAACUCUCUGGAUAUCGGUGACAAAAAUCAUACAUCAACCAAGUAGUAUGGAUAGUGUAACACAAUAGAUUGCAAAUAUGACAACAAAAAUAAAUCAAGCUACUGAAGAAAGUAAUGAAAUUUUCUAUUCCAAGAAUCCUACAUCCAGUUGUUCUUCUUCAGCUCCUUCAGCAGCAUGUAAUGAAUACAAAGAAAACGGUGUCCCAAUGGUGAGAUUACAGGUUCCUGUGCAACGUACUUACAGAGAAUGUAUGCAUUAUGCGUUAGCUGAAUGGAGAUGUGCAUGUCUUACUAUUAUUAUAUUAACAGGUAUAAGCAUAAUAUCAUCAUGUGGUAUUCAAAGAAUCAUCACUUUUAUACAUUCAUCUAACUCAUACCCAAAAUAUCAUCAUUCCUAUCAUAAUAAUAAUAAUGCAGAGAACACCUUGUAUUUUUGUCAGACAAGCUCAUUGUUAAUUAUCAGUGGUUUAAUAUUCCUAAUUUAUUUAAUUUAUUUAAUUGAAUCAUGGCAAUCAAGAAAUUGGAUUCGAACUACAUGGUUAGUUGAUACAAAUAUGGCAUAUAAUUUAGUACAAUAUGCACACAAGUUAAUUCCGUCUAUAUUUUGGCAAAUUAAAUGUUAUCAUUAUGCUCAUAAUACAACAGAACAACAUCGUAAGUUUCAAAGUAAUCAAAAACAAAAAGACCAACAGUGUGUUAUUUCAAAUGAAAUCAAUUCAAAUAAUUCAGAUAAACAUUCAUUUGUUCAAGGUAAUUAUGAUAAUACCUUAAAUAAUUUAAAUAAACAAACUGAUCAAUCUACAAUAGAGUUAAGAAAAACUGAUGAAACAUUUUCUCCAUACUGUGAGUCAAAUAUUCAUCAGAUAAAAUGCCAACGUAUAAUAAGUAUGAAUAAAAUGUGUUCAUUUGAUAUAUCGAAAAUCGACUCUGUCUGGGAUAUGUCUGAUUAUAUUAGUAAAUUAGAAAAUUUCAAGUUGAUUGAGUUAAAUCUGACUACAUUAUUCAGUUUUUCUGAUAAACAAACCUUUUUGGAAUUUCAAAGACAAAAACAAGAUUUCUUUACAACAUAUGAAAAAUUUGAUAUUUACAUGGAAACAGAACAAAUAUGCACGUUUUCGGAUACAGUGAAAUUCCCAGAACAAAUGCUAAUAAUGCACAAGUCCUCAAAGCCACCAAUUUAUUUGAAAGGCAUAACCUAUUUAAUAGCAACACUUUUAUUAUGCUCAUUCCCAUUACGAAUUUUUAUUUAUGCACACAAAGCCAAAUUACACUGUAAAAUUCACAAAGUAUUUGGUCCAAAGCCAUUAGAUGAAAAUCUAAACAAUUCAUUAAAAUUCAUUCCAUUAACUAAUACAAAUAAAUAUACAUCACCAUAUUUACCAGCUACAUUCUCUGGACAUAGAGUUCCUUCAGUGUCUGAUUAUAUGACUGCAUGGAAUUAUAGAAAAACAAGACAAUUCAUCGGUCAUACUACUCAAAGUCAGACUAGCAGUGCUAACAACUUCAAUCUAAAUAAUGAAGCUGUUGUUUUAUUCAAUAAAUAUACUCCUCAAAACAGUUCUCGUUAUAGUAGGGAUGGUAAUAAAACACACAACAAAUUCCAUCCCACUGUAUCAUCUGAAUUGGAAUAUAAUCAAAGAAGUAACUGUAACAAAAUGAGAAAUGUUAACGGUAUUGACGGUGCCAACGAUGAUGAUAUUGACGAAGACUUUGAUGAAGAUGAUGACGAAUUACUAUCACUGGAUAUAAGAUUUGAAGAAUAUAUAAGAAAUAAAUGUGCUAACACUGAUAACAAUAAUGCUGGUAGUGACUGUUAUGACUAUGAAUUCGAUUCUGUACUGAAAAAUUCCAACUGUGAAUUGAAAACUGUGUGAUAUUUACUUCAUUCAUUCAAG